AUUAACCGGCCGCGGAGCGUACGGCGCCAUGGCCACGGCGAACGACAGGGCCGUCCUGCAGAGCAUCUUCCAGCCCAGCAGCCCCUUCGGGGACGUCGUGGGGCUGGACGAGGAGGACGAGGAGCUGCCGCAGGAAGGUGAGGGGCGCCCCUUCGCGCCGGCGCUGCUGGAGCAGGCGCGCGACCUGGAGCUGCAGGGCGUCGCGGCGGCCGAGGCGGGCGACGUGAGCGCCGCGCUGCAGCGCUUCAGCGAGGCCAUCCGCCUUCUGCCCGAGCGCGCCUCCGCCUACAACAACCGCGCGCAGGCCCUGCGCCUCCGCGGCGACGUGCCAGGCGCCCUGCGCGACCUGGACACCGCCAUCCGCCUGGGCCGCGGGCGCGGGCGCGCCGCCUGCCAGAGCCUGGUGCAGCGCGGGCUCAUCCGGCGGCUGCAGGCGCGCGACGACGACGCCCGGCGCGACUUCGCGCAGGCCGCGCGCCUCGGCAGCGCCUUCGCGCGCCGCCAGCUCGUGCUGCUCAACCCCUACGCCGCGCUCUGCAACCAGAUGCUGGGCCAGAUGCUGGGGCGCCUGCGCAACCCCGCGGACGCCGCCGCGAGCCCCUGAGCGGCCCGGGGCGCCG